UCGCCUUCCUCUCGGUCCUCCCUUUCCAUCCAAAUUUGCAGUCAGCCCCGCCGCAUCCUCAGGAAAACUCCUCCCGCUGCACCUGAAAGAAGGCGUCUAUUGACAAACUUGGCUGAAAGAAGCGAGGCGAGUGCUAGGCGAGUAGAUUUAGGAUCUGGAGCUCGCAAGUCCUGUGUAAACCGUCCAGAGGAAGGAGGCGGGGUGUGUGGGGGGGAGAAGCACCCGGAGAUACCAGAGGGAAGACUUGGCUUGUUGGUUCAAUCAGCGAGCUGGGCGCAUCGACUCGGCUCCCUUCCCGGUUCUUCCCCCCCCCCCACUCCGGUUCACACCCCCUUCGGCUCUAGGAGGGCUUGAGCUGGCAUCGCUCUGCACUGCAUGACAGCUCCAGGCUCCGAAGACGACGUAGCAGCCGGGAGUGGGAAGCCAAGCCCAGCUGAGGAAGAUCUGAGGAAGGCUACGCGCCGGGGAUCGGCGGGGGUGUGAGCCCAGAAGGCACCUUGUCCUGUCUGAUUCCCAGGGCGCUGCCGCCUCCUCGUCUCCGAUUGCCUUUCGCUCCUGUUAUAACCCCACCCCUGACCUUAUUCUCUGGCCGCCCAAGACUGAGCAGAAAGGCAGAAGCCCAGAGAGAAAAUAGCACCGGGUCAAGGAGAAAUACCUGCGCAUCGCUUAGGCUGCAAUUGAUGGGAAAUACACAUUUCUUUCUCUAGGAAAGCUCGUUAGUCGCCCGCCCCCUUUUCUCUUUUUUUUUCUCCUCCCCCCCUUUUAAAGAAAAGAACCCGGUUGAAAGCAGAAAGGGGGAGAAAAGAGGGGUUCUUUUCUCCAAAAGAAAAGAGAGGGAGGGGGCAACGGAAAGGAAUCGGAGAGAAUUUCAGCAAGCGUUUCCCUCCCUUUGUUGAAUGAGAAGGACGGCGCCGGAUCACCAUGAGCACCAGCACAGUUCCUUUUCAACAAAACCCAUACAACUCUGGGGGGCGUCCCACCAUAAUUCAAUGCUAUCGCUGUGGAGAUACUUGUAAAGGCGAGGUGGUGCGUGUCCAGAACAAUCACUUCCACAUCAGAUGUUUCACAUGCCAGGUGUGUGGCUGUGACCUAGCGCAGUCUGGCUUCUUCUUUAAAAAUGGGGAAUACAUCUGCACCCACGACUACCAGCAGCUCUAUGGCACCCGCUGUGACAGCUGCCAAGACUUCAUCACUGGAGAAGUUAUCUCAGCCUUGGGCCGGACUUACCAUCCCAAGUGUUUUGUGUGCAGCAUGUGCAGGAAGCCCUUUCCUAUUGGAGAUAAAGUGACAUUCAGUGGCAAGGAUUGUGUUUGCCAAACUUGUUCCCAUUCACUGAUUAGCAACAAGCCUAUCAAGAUUCAUGGACCAAGCCAAUGUGCAGGUUGCAAAGAGGAAAUCAAGCAAGGUCAGUCCCUCCUGGCUUUAGAAAAACAGUGGCAUGUCAGCUGCUUCAAGUGCCAAACCUGUGGAAUCAUCCUGACUGGAGAAUACAUUAGCAAGGAUGGUGUUCCAUAUUGUGAAGCGGACUAUCAUGCUCAAUUUGGUAUUAAGUGUGAGACUUGCAAUCGGUAUAUUAGCGGCAGAGUCUUAGAGGCAGGAGGAAAGCAUUAUCAUCCCACUUGUGCCAGAUGUGUACGAUGUCACCAAAUGUUCACAGAAGGGGAAGAAAUGUACCUCACAGGUUCAGAAGUGUGGCAUCCAAUCUGCAAACAAGCAGCGAGAGCAGAAAAGAAGCUAAAGCACAGAAGAACUUCAGAGACAUCCAUAUCCCCUCCUGGCUCCAGCAUUGGUUCCCCCAACCGGGUCAUUUGUGCUAAAGUGGAUAAUGAAAUCCUUAAUUACAAAGAUUUGGCUGCUCUUCCCAAGAUUAAAGCCAUCUACGAGGUGCAACGCCCUGACCUCAUUUCUUAUGAGCCCUAUCACAGAUACACUUCGGAUGAAACACUGGAGAGAUAUAGCUAUGGGGAGUCUCUUGGAACCUUGUCUCCAUAUUCUCAGGAUAUUUAUGACAGCAUGGACAUCAGGCAGAGGCGAGCAUCCAGCCCAGGCUACAUAGACUCACCCACCUACAGUCGCCAAGGCAUAUCUCCCACCAUCCCACGUUCUCCACAUCAUUAUUACCGCUCAGGGACAGAGAGUGGACGCAGCUCCCCCUACUAUAGCCAGUUAGAUGUGAGGUCUUCUACACCAACCUCAUACCAAGCUCCUAAGCAUUUCCACAUUCCAGAUUCCCACCACCCCUCUUCAAGAAUGACAGCUGCUGCAGAGAGUAACAUCUACCGGAAACCACCCAUCUAUAAAAGACACGAUUCCCAUUCUGCAGCUACAAAAAGCAAAACUAGUGAAGACAUCUCUCAGACCUCCAAAUAUAGUCCAGCUUAUUCUCCAGAUCCAUAUUAUCACUCAGAAACAGAGUACUGGACUUUUCAAGGUUCACCCAAAGCUCCCCGAGUUCGAAGAUUCUCAUCAGGAGGAGAAGAAGAUAGCUUUGAUCGAGGGAUGCACAGAAUCCAGACAGGAAUUGGCCGAUUGAUACUGAAGGAAGAAAUGAAGGCCCGUGCUAAUUCAUACAUGGACCCUUGGACGCCUCCCCGCAGUUCAGCAAGCAGCAGAGAAGCUCUUCAUACAGCAGGCUACGAGAGCUCCUUAAAUGGCUCACCCCGGUCACACUACCUGGCAGACAGUGAUCCCCUCAUUUCAAAAUCUGCUUCUCUUCCUGCUUACAGAAGGAAUGGGAUGCAUAGGCCUCCCAGCGCUGAACUCUUCCACUACGACAGCACAAAUGCCGUCAACUGGGGAAUGCGAGAAUACAAGAUAUACCCUUAUGAGUUGCUUUUGGUGACAACCAGGGGAAAAAAUCGCUUGCCCAAAGAUGUGGACAGAACUCGGUUAGAACGCCAUCUGUCUCCAGAGGAAUUUUACCAGGUGUUUGGCAUGACUAUUGCUGAAUUUGAUCGCCUGGCUUUGUGGAAAAGGAAUGAGUUGAAGAAGCAGGCUCGGCUCUUUUGAAAACAGUAUAUAUAAAAACUAUAUAAAUAUCUCUAUAUAGAAGCUCUGUAUAUAUAGUACAGAGUAAAAUCUCUGGCUGUUCUCUUUGGAAGCCUGUAGAGUGAACCGAAGUCUCACAGAUAUUUUUAUGCUCUUUGUUUCUUUUAUUCUUUGUUUUGUUUUUUUAAUAAAGAGUAAUUGUUAUUUGGGAAACUUUUCAACUGUGGGGAGGAUGUGGGAACCUGUUUUAUACUGAACUGUUUCUUUUUCUUACAUCAGUGUUGAGAACCUUGGGCAUUAUUGUACCUCACCCAUGAGCCUCUUAAAAGCAAAUCUGAAGAGAUGGGAUGAUGGAAGUGGGGGCAUGCUUUGAUAGAGCCAACCAUCUUUAUACACCUCCCCUCUCCCCCAUGGUUUCAGAAUAUCCAAAGUAUGCUGCUCAAUCAGGCCAAGGAUUUAUCUCAACCGGUUUUUGUCUCUAAUGGUAGCUCAACAAAUACCUGUUUCAUUUUUCUGUUAUUUUUCUCACUAUCUUAAUCAUAUAUAUAUGGAUAGACUUUGGCUUUGUGUCCUUUUAUACUAGCAUGUUUAAAUCUUGAUGUAAAAUCACACACACACAAACACACAAAGUGUAAGAGAGAAAGAGAGAGAGAGAGAUUUUGCAUCAAGAUUUAAAAAUGUUGGUAUAAAAGAAUACAAAUAAAGCCAAAGUAUCCAGUCAGCAUUCUUUUUUCUUAUAGCAGACAUCCAGAUGACUCUUGGAAAUUAAAAAGAUGUGCUUUAAGUUGAUGAACAUACCUAACAUUCCUCCCUGCAGCAUCCAGUAAUCAGGUUGAUGUACGGAGGCUUUAUAUAGUUAUUAGAGUAACAAUUUUUAAAACUGUUUUUCCAUGAAUAAAUAUUAGUUAUUAGUUAUUAGUUACAGUGACACGCAGCUGUCUUCCAUUCUUCUUCAGAGAACUGUAGAAAACAGGGCACAAAGAGACUUACUAAAAUUCAUUCUGGUUCAGCAGAUACUCCUACCUUCAGGGAAUAGGAAACUAGGUUUCUUGGAACACAACAUUAUAUGCUCACCUGUACUUUAACUCAACUUUGGAUAUCGCUUACAUUUGCACAGGUCUACUAUACACAGCCUUCCCCAAUCUAGUGCUCUCCACCCAUGUUGGACUAAAACUUCCAGUAUUCAUACUGAACUAUACGCACCAGGUUUGUAGAGGCUAGUUUGGAGAUACAAUCUGUGAUAUACAUCCAAUUAAAAAUAAUCUUCCUUUCCAUUAUUUCAGUUUCCUCUUAUAUUGCUAGUCACUUUAAGCAGUCAAUUUUAAAAAACCAUUGCUAUGAAAUAGCUUAGCCUUACAAACUUGAGGUCAAACUUUAAAAAUAGGAAAAAAUCACAGGGAAUAACUGGCACUACCAUCCAAUUCUCAAGCAAAACAGUUAUAUUCCCUAAUCAAUAAUUUGUUGAGUAAGGCAUAAUAGUGGAAAUUCAUUAACCAUAGUUUAGAAGAUACAAUGACUUGAUUCACAUAAUAUCCUAAAUUAAAAUCUAAUAAACUAUCAUAUGGUUUAGCAUGAUAUGUGAACCCUGUCACUGUCGUUCUUUAAAUAAACCUUGGCUGUGGUUGUUAGAAAAAGAAUGAAGCUUUACCCAGGUAGAUGUGAUGUGCAAAGCAUUACAUCUGAACGUUUAUAUGAGUUUUAUAUGUUUUCCAAAAACAGCAAUCAUAUUGGGAAUCAAACUUCGAAUUUUCAAAUGUGUAUAAAAACUGUUGGACUAUAGGGGGGGAAAGAGUUUGGAGAAGCCUUGGCACUUGAAAUGUCUUGUUCAUCUUUAAUUUAACUAAUUUAAUUGCAUACAGUAUGUCUGGCCUUUCAUGGUCACUAGCAACAUUUCUGACAUUGUGUCAAAUCAAUAGGAUCAACUUCUAAAUGAAGAAAUGUUCAUGGAAUGUUUUGAUUUGGGAGCUUGUAUGCUUGUUCUUUCUUUAAAAAAAAAGAAAUUUCUUACCUAAUACACUGUUUGAACAAAAUAAUUGUGAGUUGUCUCAUAUUGUUUUCUUAUCGUUUCUUUCCUCUUUGAAUGAAUUAGCUCCAAAGCUGAAUCUAUGAUUUCCAACUAGGUGGGCAAAAGCUUUUCUCUCUAUAUUGUAUGAACUGAUUAAACUGCUCAGAGUCUCUGGAAGGGCAAUGUAACAAAUACAUUCUUCUUUUACAUAUUAGAGACUAAUGCCAUAUUAGUGUGGCAUCUUUGUUGGUAUCCAGUUUUGAUUCUGUUUAAAGAAAAGCCAUUUUGUUAAUGAUGUUCUUCUACUUCAAUGUCAAGUUGACAAUUGGUUUAGAUGGUCAACAAGGCUGUCUCCAACUCAUAAUUUUAGGAUUCCAGUGUUUUAUUUCUCAUUUCUGAAAUCAAUGAUUAUAUAAGAAUACAACACAUUUUCCCCAGGAAGAAAUGAUUAAUUCUAUAUUAUACUGUGCAUCUGCUUACUCUAGCUGAGAGAAUGCUGAUUACGUAUUAAAAGUAAUGCUGCUUUUUACACA